UCAUCUGAUACAGCAUGAGUGGAACAGCGUGGAAGCUCUUCAUGUGGAUUUUAAUCAUGUUGAAGGUGUGGGUAAACGCUAGUGAUGGAGAAGCUGUUUUUAUCCGCGAGUUCACCCUGAGUCGCCAUGAUGAUUUUCUUGAUGACUUUUUAAAUGAAGGUCCAGGAAGCCACAAGUCUGAAGACUCUAACUCAAGGACAGCACGUUCUGAGGAAGACAGGGACACUCUUUGGGAUGCCUGGGGUGCAUGGAGUGAAUGUUCACGCAGCUGCGGUGGAGGAGCUUCAUAUUCGCUGAGACGUUGCCUCAGUUCCAAGACUUGUGAGGGACAGAAUAUCAAAUACCGCACAUGCAGCAAUGUGGACUGCCCACUAGAUUCUGGAGACUUCCGAGCCCAGCAGUGCUCAGCCCAUGCUGAUGUGCGAUUCCAAGGCCGCUACCACGAGUGGCUUCCAGUAGACAACGACCCUGAAAACCCAUGCGCUCUAAAAUGCAAGGCAAAAAGCAUAGACCUGGUAGUAGAGCUGGCACCAAAGGUGUUGGAUGGAACACGGUGCUACACAGAGUCAUUGGAUAUGUGUAUCAGUGGAGCCUGUCAGAUUGUUGGCUGCGAUCAUGAGUUAGGAAGCACUGCUAAAGAGGAUAACUGUGGAGUUUGCAAUGGAGACAGCUCCUCUUGCAGACUUGUUAGAGGACACUACAAAUCCCAGCAGGCCAGUGGAAAGACUGAGGACACUGUGAUUGUUAUUCCUUAUGGAAGUCGUCAUCUGCGUCUGGUCCUAAAAGGCCCAAAUCACUUGUAUUUGGAGAGUAAGACCUUACAGGGAAUUAAGGGUGAGCUAUCUCUGGAAAGAACCAAGCAGUACAUCUUAGAGAACACAACCAUCGACUUCCAGAAGCUUCCAGAGAAGGCAAUCCUUAGAAUUGUUGGACCUCUACAAGCAGACUUUACUGUGAAAGUCAAUCAUGCCAGUGGCAUGGACAGUGUGGCACAGUUUAUCUUCUACCAGCCUAUUGUCCAUCGCUGGAGAGAGACUGACUUCUUCCCUUGUUCUGUAAGCUGUGGUGGAGGGUAUCAGCUGACUUCAGCCGAGUGCUUCGACAUACGGAGCAAUCGUGUUGUGGUGGACCAGUAUUGCCAUUACUAUCCUGAGAAUGUCAAACCCAAACCCAGACUGCAGGAGUGUAACAUGGACCCUUGUCCUGAUAGUGACGGCUACAAGCAAAUCAUGCCUUAUGACCUCUACCAUCCACUGCCCCGAUGGGAGAGUAGCCCGUGGACGGCCUGUUCAACAUCCUGCGGUGGGGGAAUCCAGAGCCGUUCGGUGUCAUGUGUGGAAGAAGACAUGCAGGGAAACAUCACUCCCACUGAUGAGUGGAAGUGUUUGUACGCAUCAAAGUCAUCCGUUCUACAACCAUGCAACACCUUCGACUGUCCGACGUGGAUUACACAGGAAUGGUCACCGUGCACAGUGACUUGUGGACAAGGUCUGUGCUACAGAGUGGUCCUGUGCAUUGAUCACAGAGGACUGCAUGCUGGAGGCUGCAAUCCCACCACCAAACCACACAUAAAGGAAGACUGUCUGGUUCCUGUUCCCUGCUACAAGCCCGUAGAAAAGGUUCCAGUUGAAGCAAAACCACCAUGGUUUAAGCAAGCCAUUGAACUGGAGGAAGACAUGGCUGUGUCUGAGGAACCAAUGUUUAUUCGAGGAGCGUGGGGGCCAUGCAGCAGAACAUGUGGUGCUGGCACACAAAAGCGAACAGUGAAGUGUCAGGUGUUACUGCCCUUCUCCCAGACAGUCGCUGAUCUUCCAGAUGAUGAAUGUGAAGGACAGAAGCCGACUGAAAUCCAGCCCUGUUAUCGCACCCCCUGUCCAGGAGUAAGGGCUGAGCAUGAGAGUGAGAGGGUUAGCAGCACUACAGAGCGAGAGGAACUACAUGACUGGGAAUAUGAUGGGUUCACUGAGUGUUCCAAGACAUGUGGUGGAGGGAUGAAAGAGGCGGUGGCGAUCUGCCUGAACAAGCAGACGAGAGAAACCGCAGAUGAAAGUGAAUGUGUGAGUGCCCAACGACCUCCUGAACUUAUACGGGCCUGCAACACUGAAGCGUGUCCUCCACGGUGGGAGGUGGAGGCCUGGAGCUCCUGUUCAGCAACGUGCGGGGUUGGCCUUCAGACUCGAGCAGUAACCUGCAUGCUGAAAGGAAGCGCACACAGCAAUUACACAGAAAAGGUCAAAGAUGAGAUGUGUCGACAGCUCAAGCCCUCUUCCGUUCAGGCCUGUAAUCGCUUUGAUUGCCCUCCCAUGUGGGAUGCCCAGGAAUGGAGUCAGUGUUCUCACACAUGUGGAGGUGGCAGUCAGAAGAGGGCGGUUUUCUGUAAGCAGCGCAUGGCAGAUGGAAGUGUGCUGGAGUUACCUGAAACCUUCUGUCCCUUGCCAAGCUUGCCAACAGUUCAGCUCUGUGGACAAACAGACUGCCCAGCUCAGUGGGUCUUCUCAGAUUGGACUCAGUGUUCAGCAACCUGUGGAGAAGGGACCCAGAGGUUGCUAGUGGUGUGCAGGAGACUAGGGAAGACUGGACAGUACCGAACUCUGAUUCCGGAGGCCUGCGCUAAUGUUCCAAAGCCAUCCACGGCUCGAUCGUGUUCCGUUGGACCCUGUGAGAAGACUUCCAAGCCAGUAGCUGCAAAACCAGAUCCUGUCAUAUUGACUCAGAGGAAGGUUUAUAUUCAAUGGAAGAAAAGCCCAAAACUGCACUUUGUGGUGGGUGGAUUUGCUUAUUUGCUUCCAUGGACGUCUAUUGUGCUUCGCUGCCCAACUCGCCACUUUCGUAAAGGCUAUGUCAGGUGGCUUAAAGAUGGAAAGCAACUGGUAUUUUUGCCCCAUGUUUCCAUAUCUCACAUGGGUUACUUAAAAAUCCAGCAGGUUCGUGCCUCAGAUGUAGGCAUGUAUACUUGUGUUGCUGGCCAGAUGCAAGAAAACUUUGUCCUGAAGCUUAUUGGGAGCAAACAAAAGAUGCCAAUCUCAGAACAGGACUUUUGGGGCACAACAAAGACUGAAAUAUCAACCACAUCUAAGGAUAAAGCCGCCAAAGAGAUGCUAACUUUUAAUCGCUAUGAUGCUGUCGUGCAGCACCUGCUUGGCCUGAAGGGUUUGUCCAUAGAGACCUACUUCUCCAACGAACUUCUAGAGGAGGAUUCUAUUUCAGAUUCCCAGACCCCACAGGUUCUAGUGGCGGACAUGCAGAAACUUGAUGAAGUGACCCGUAAUUUGUCUGAUGGUCUCCAAUCUCUGCAGAAGAAUGAGCUUAUUACCCAACUGUUAGAGGAGCUAAUUAAGAAUUCUUCAGAAAACAAUGAAUCCACCUUGGAACCCCAUGAGAAACAGGAAUACAUGCCUCAAAGAACUGAUACAAGACUGACAUACCAUUCCAACAAACAGAGGACAGGACAAGUUUUAGGAAGUCCUGUUAUUAUACGAAAGUUGUCAAUAGUCUACAAGCCUUCUCAAGAUAUAGUGACACAAAGUGGUAGUCUUGUUUUGAUCCCCAAACAAGCCAUCAGAGUUGAGCUUAAAUGUGAAGCACAAGGCAACCCACAACCUCUGAUGAUUUGGACAAAGGAUGGAAUAGAGCUGGAAAAUAGCAGCAGAGCAGGCCUGAUGCAGGAUGGCUCACUGUACAUCGAAGGUCUAAGGGAUACAGACUCUGGAAUCUACACGUGCCAAGCUACAAAUAAUCUUGGGUCAACUUCACGGUCGUUUCAAGUGAAAAAUGCAGGUAGUUGUAUGAAUAGCCCUGCUGCCAGUAACACCUCGUCCUGUUCAAAAAACCUACCCCACUCUUGUCAUGGACAAUACUGCCGCCACAGGUGGCAGGUGUCCUCAUGGUCAUCUUGCUCUGUAAGCUGUGGUAGUGGAAUACAGACACGCAAUGUGACUUGUAUAGGAGCUGCAGAUGAAGAAAUGAACUGUAUAGGUGUUGGUAGAAGGCCAUUAGAAACCAGGGCCUGUAAUACCAAACCCUGUACUAGCUGGGUGACAACAUUGUGGAGCCCUUGCCAUGGAAAGUGUGUUGGCUCAGGUCAGGCACUGCAAUACAGAAAUGUCUUCUGCCAGGAUAAGAACGGCACCACAGUCGCCCACCGUUUCUGCAACAAUCAAUCCAGACCCAUCUCACAUCGAAACUGCACCACAGAGGCCUGUGUUCUGCAAUGGCGCAUUGGGCCAUGGACACUGUGCACCGCCACCUGCGGUCGCCAUGGUUUUCAGUCAAGACAUGUUGCAUGCUUGCACCAGCGUACUGGAAAGCCAGCUCAAGAGUUUCACUGUGCCUGGAGGCCUCGACCUGCAAGCUGGCAGCGAUGCAACAUUCAACCUUGUGGUAAAGGCGAAUGCAGAGACAGCAGCAGGUACUGUGAGAAGGUCCGACAGCUGGAACUAUGCUCUUUACCCCAGUUUAAAGCACGGUGCUGCCGGUCCUGCCGAGACACCUGAGACUCUAGCCAAAACAGAAACUAAUAAAGACUAAUCCAGACACAAAGGACCAUUCUUAAACCCACCACACAACCCAAAACAUGAUGUGUCUCAAGUGUC